AUGCUAAACAGAGUCAAGACUAACAUAUAUCCAAGAUAUAGCCUGAUAGGAGAACGACUACCUGGUGAGCAUAUAGAGCCAGGCCGGCUGUAUAAGCCUGAAAACAAAGAAGCUGAUAUGAGCUUAUCCCAAUCGAGUUUUAAAAGAACCACUGUUUGUCUCCAAGGUAGAUUUUGUGCCCCAGACGUGGCACAGCGGAGGAGGCGACGAUCGAAAUUUGAUCGUCUUUUUGAAAGAUCAAAUUUCGAUCAAAUUUUGAUCGAAAAACAGUCUUUAUCAGCAAGUGCAGACGAGCUUAUUAAAGAUAUUUUAGAAGUAAUCAAAAAGGAAGUUAAUAUAAAGUUGGAGCAGAUGGCUGCCGUGAAGGAGCUUGAACAAACACUUAAAGCCAAUAAAUACAUACACAAGUAUACAGUUAAAGCUCGAUAUAGUGAUAUGGAUGGUGGACAGAAAUUUUAUCACUAUCACUAUAUCGAGCGUGUUUUUUUCUUACUCCGCGCAUUAUUUAGUGAUAUUUCUAAUGCCGCUGGACCAGAUAUAAUUGUCAGAUUUUGGAUAACAAGUCAUGUUUAUGUGAUCUGA